UUCACACACCCAGACGCAUCUCAAGAUGAGAACUACCCCGCAGCUUUGUUCCACUUGCGAGAGCAUAUCUGUUCCCUCACUCCUCACCACCGCGCGCGAGCACGAUCAGGCUAUACCAUUGGGACCGUUAGAGCAGAUAAUCGCCCGCAAGUCAACUUGUCAGCUAUGCGCAGCCGUCGCAGCCUCGUUCCAAGCUCAACAGGCGUGGUCUCGAACCGACUGCAACAAUGUGCUAAGAUCGCUUCGGGCACGAGGCCACAGUACGAAUGUCGCGUUAUGGAGCUACCAUGUGCUAAAAGCGCUGGACAUGUCGCAUCCAAACCUGCGACUGGCCGUGUCCACCAAUAUCGGAGACGAGCCCAACAUUUUUAGCCGGCGAAGACGUGCUGGGGACCUUCAGCUGGUAGAGAUGGUAAAUUUAGACGGUCCAGCCCGACUGGAGGGCUUGGGCAGAAAAAUUUCCCUACUGUCGGAUAUGGAACUCGCUCGUCGUUGGGUGGAUGAGUGCUUAGAAGAUCAUGGCGAGCUGUGUGGUCACACUGGUGAAUCAGGUCGCAGCAGAGGAAUUAAAAGACCUAAGAGACUGCGCGUCAUCGACGUGAAGAAGAGAUGUCUCGUUUCACUUCCUGCACAAACGGAGUACGUUGCUCUCAGUUACUGUUGGCCCAGGAAGCCUGGGCUUACCAACACCAAGGCCAGUGGCAUCGAUUUUAGCCAAGAGGGUGCUGUGACUUUGUCAAACGGCCUGGGUAAGACCAUCGACGAUGCUUGCUAUGCCGUCCAAGAUCUGGGUCAGCGUUUUAUUUGGGUUGACGCUCUUUGUAUCACCCAGGAUGAUUACGAGCAAAAGACGGAGCAGAUUGGCCAGAUGGACCUGGUGUAUGGCUGUGCUUUACUCACUAUUGUCGCUGCUCCAAAUCAUAUUGAUAACGCUUCGCUAGACCUGGGUCUGCCAGGCUACAAAUCAUCACAGUCAUCCUCACUUCGGCCUGAUCUUACGUUCCAAGUCCAAAGUGUUGUGCUUGCUGUACCUAGUCCUUGCCUCGAAGACGCCCUCUAUGAUACCAGAUGGGUCACACGGGGCUGGACAUACCAAGAGCUUCAUCUUUCCUCCCGCUUGCUAUACUUCACGAGCCACCAACUAUAUUUCCAGUGCGCGUGUGGUAUUCGAGCCGAGGAUACGUGCGGGGAAGGCCUCGAUCGAACGGCAUUUAGGGGGCAAAAUGAAUACGACGCAGAUUUGGGUGACAUAUUUCUUCACCGCGACCAAUACGAGGAUGCGAGGACGGCAAUACGCGCAUACGAUAUCUUUGUCGCUUCUUAUCUGCGUCGAGAACUGUCGUAUGGAUCAGAUAUUCUCAAUGCGUUUCAUGGCAUUGAGAAAGUGCUUACUCAGUCCAUGGGCAUAAAGUUUUACUACGGUCUGCCUCUGAAAUGGCUCGAUCAUGCGCUUUUGUGGCAGGCAUCUGGCGGCGAUGCUGAUAAACGAGAGGGUUUCCCUUAUUUUUCGUGGGCUGGCUCUGAAGGUACAGCCGACAGUCCCUACUGGUUGCAUCCUUACCAAACUGGCAAUUUGGUGGACUGGUAUCACGUUGAAGAUGAUAAGUAUGUGAAUCAUGAUAAUCACAACUUAUCCAAGCGAAAAUUCGCUUCCAAUAUGCCCCCUAGACCUUCAUCGCCGUUCAGCCUGUGGACAGUGACGCAACGUGCCUCCUUUCGUCUUUCCGAUGAAGCGGCCGACCUCGUAGAGUCCGACUGGAUGCCCGAUUCCAACCACCAUUGGAUUCUGGACGACAACCACCGGAAGGCUGGACUAAUACUUGUAAGUAAUGCGUGGAAGGCGCAGCAGGCUGGGGCAGCGAUGUCGAGCCACGACUUCAUCGCCCUUUCACGGGCCCGACGGGCUAGGAUCCAGUCCGUGACUACUUUUGACGAGGCUUAUUUCACACAGCGAGAGUGGUGCUUACUGAAUGUGAUGCUGGUCCGUUGGAUCAAGAGUGGUGUGGCGGAAAGGGUGGCAGUGGGCACGAUCCAUUACGAGGCGUGGGCGCAAGGCCAGGUACAAACUAUUGGCGUAGAGCUUGUAUAA